UCGUUUUGCAUGUAAACAAACGAUCCUGCCCUGUACACUUCACAACCCACACGUUCUUCCAUACUAGAAGGUCGUGAAUAAGUGCAACUUUAUACUACUGUAGUAACAAAUGCCAUGGGUGAAAACGUAGACGACAACGGUGUGCAGGAUGACUAUAUGGACUCGGACGAAGAUAAUGAAGUGUCAGCAAGUAAAGAAUUGCCUGCUGCAGCAAAAUUUGAGGUACCAUUCAACAGUAGUCGAGAAGCAGAAAUAGCAAGGAAUUCUUUGCAAGUUGACCCGGAGCCUAGAAGAGGAGGAUCAAAGAAAAGCUUUGAUGUUAAGGAUAAUAUUCUUUGUGUGUAAGUAUAUAGAGAUUUAGUGU